AAGGAGUCGUAAUGAACAAAACCCGCUGCGUUUAACGGCUGAGUGAGCGGCUCCCCAUACGCGGUGUUAAGGAUGUGCUGUAAUUACUGAGUGAUGAUGACACCCCGGGUCUCGUGUGGGAGCCGUGCAGGACGCUUUGUGGGGUGAGGCGGGUGUGCGUCUUGCUCCCAGUUUUUUUGCACUUGUCUUUAAGGGCUUUUCUGGGGCAAGUGUCACUAUGGAUUCCCGGCAGCUGCUCGGGGCUGCGCUCCUGCUGCUGGCUGCCUCGGCAGCGCUGUCAGCUCCGCCAGGAGUCCGGUACUCCCGGGCUUUGGACUGGCUGAGCCGGUAUGGAUACCUUCCGCCUCCAGAUCCCCGCACUGGAAAGCUGCAGACGCGGGAAGGCAUCGAGCUAGCCCUGAGGGAGAUGCAGAGGUUCGCCGGGCUCAAAGAAACAGGCAGGCUGGAUGGCGCCACUCUCUCACUCAUGUCCACUCCUCGCUGUUCUCUGCCGGACAUCGUGGGAAUGGCUGACUUGCUGAAGAGGCGGAGGAGGCGGUAUGCUCUAUCUGGGCUGCGAUGGGAGAAGACGGAGAUCACGUGGAGUGUACAUGGCUAUCCCUCGCUCUCUAGCUCGCCAUCCCUCCCAGCAGAUCUAGUUGAGCUUGUCUUGAGACACGCUCUGAGUGUAUGGAGUGAUGUCACUCCUCUGCGAUUUUACCGCCUCUCCCGUGAUGGUGGAGGACGGCAGGAAGAAGGGGACAUCAGGGUCACUUUCACUCGCUCUUUUCAUGAUGAUGGGUACCCCUUCGAUGGCAGAGGUGGCACACUGGCACACGCCUUCUUCCCAGGCACAGAUGCCCUUGCAGGCGACGCACACUUUGACGAUGAGGAGACGUGGAGCUUUGGAGGUGAUACAGGAAGCACUGACCUCUUCACGGUGGCCAUCCAUGAGUUUGGCCAUGCCCUGGGCCUCUCCCACUCCUCCUCUGAGCACUCCAUCAUGAGGCCUUACUACCUGGGCUCAGUGGGAGAUAUCCAGAAGUACAGACUAUCUGCCGAUGAUAGACUAGGAAUCCAGACCCUCUACGGGAUGAAGAUGACCCCAAUCACGGCUCGUCCGGAUGUGUCACUCACCCCUGGGCUGCCACAUUUCCCCUCUCCACCCCCCCCUAGACCAACCACACGCCUCGACCGAGCUCUGCCAAAUCGCUGUGAAGGUGGCUAUGACGCUGUGGCUAACAUCAGGGGAGAGGUAUUCUUUUUUAAGGGUCCAUAUUUCUGGCGAAUCCAAAGGUCGGGGUCCCUCGUCUCCCUAUCCCCAGCUUUGAUUAGGAACUUCUGGAUUGGACUCCCCUCUGGAAUUAAUAAAAUCGACGCUGUUUAUGAGAGAAAAAGUGGCAGCCAUAUUGUGUUCUUCAUUGGUGACCAGUACUGGAUUUUCAGGGAUACGGUGGCUCUCCCUGGAUAUCCCCGGCCCUUGGUGGAGUGGGGGGUGCAAACAGUGGCUGGGAAAGGCCUCUCCAAGGUGGAUGCAGCCUUUGUGUGGGCACACACAGGGAAGACCUACUUGUUCAGUGGGGGGGAGUUCUGGAGGUUUGACGAGUUGGGGAAAAAGGUGGGAAUGAAGCCGGAGGGGGGGUACCCCAAGCAGGCCUCACUCUGGAAAGGGGUGCCCCCAGACCCAGAUGACAUCAUCAGCUGGGGCAAUGGAGACACUUAUUUCUUCAAGGAUGACUCCUAUUGGGUGUUGAAAAGAGGGAGAUUAGACCAGGAAAAUGUGACCUCUAAAUCCAUAUCAGCUGAUUGGAUGGGAUGUGCACCACCACCAAGUCCGACACCUUCUCCCACCAAUGGCAAUGCUAAGUGCUAUGACUGCAUUUGUAAGAAGAAUGGAGGGAUCAAAGUUCAAACCUUUCAUUGGCUGUUCUUGCUAUCUGUCUCUAUAAUAAUCCGGUCACUCAAAAGGUAUUGAGUGGUUAACAAUUUAGCAUUUUCUUCAUAAUUGAAAUUCUGUUAUUGUUAGUCAUCAUUCACACACAGAUGGGAAGAUUUGCAAAAAAUUA